CGAAACCCUUAAAUCUUAAAACCCCCAUAUUGUUUUAGCUAAGUAUUUAUCCCAUAAAGAUAAAGUGUAACCGUUGGUCUCUGUGGAUUCGAUCCUAAAGUGCUACAUCGACAUACUAUUCGAUUGUGGUAGUGUGCACAUUAAAUUAUUUGGUGUGCGUAUACAGUUUGAAGUUUGAACAGUUCGAAAGGACAUCAACGGCUAAGUUUUCUCCUGCAAGCGCAAGGCUUAUCGGACCCACGACAUGCCACCUAUUUUCAGAUUCUGAUUCGCCCUUUCCUUAAUUAUUCCCUCAAAAGUCUGUUACUUCAAAUUAUUUUAGCAUAUCUACAUUUUUAUAAAUCUUAAUAACCAUGCUUCUUUCUAUAAUGCAUAGUUAUAAAUAUAUAUUAAGACAACUGGAGUUGUUGCUUUGUUAGUCUGGGUUGCAUGUGAUUCUAGCUCAGCACCAUAUAAGAUGUUCCCCGUUAUUUCUUAAUCAGAAUUAUCAUCGCGAUCGAAUCAUUAUUAUUGUAAGGUUUAUUAGAUAUAAAGUCUCCAACAACCACUAAAUUCACCAUUUACUUAAUUCACAUUAAUUUGACAAUGUAUACAAACACACAAAAUUUUGCUAAUUUUACACGCAUAAGAUCUCUAUUAGGUAUUCCGAUAUAGUUUCGGUAUUCAUGAUAUAGAUAGUAAAGAUGAUUAUAUAAUAUACUAGUAUAAUUUAAGACCAAAAAGAAUCAUGAGUGAUAUAUAAACCUCAAGCCAUGAAUAUUACUAUUCUAUAAUUUAUGGACGAAGUUAAUUAUGUGGAUCUGAUGGAUCCGAAAUCGAAUCUAGUAUUGUCUCAUCUGUCAAGCAUGUAUAUCCAUGAAUUCGAUUAUGUAGACAUACAUAUACAGUUAUAUAUAUUGUAAGUGAAGCUUUGCUGGAGCUGUCUGGGGAGGCGGCAAAUUGCAUAUUUCUUAGAGGAACCUUUGAAAGCUAUUGGCUGAAGACUAUGUUGUUUGUUCGGCAGGGGCCGAGGUAGUGAAGGAAAAGUGGGGUCAGCUGACCCCACUAUUUUUUAAAUAUAUUUGUUUUUGUUAAGGAAAAAAUAAUUGAUUCCAUUAAAAUAUAAAAUUUGACCCCACAAAAUAUAUAAUCCUACUAAAAUAAUUACAAUACAUUAAAAAUUAAAGUUAUAAUUUGUAGUUUUUAAUAGUUUAUAAAUUAUGUUUUUGAAAAAAAAAAUUAUGAUUCCGGUAUAAAAAAUUUCUGGCUCCGCUGCAUGAUUCGUGAGUAUGUAACAAUCACUUUGGUUUUUGUGACAUGUGAGAAAUAGAUUAAUUUAAUGCUUUCAAAACAAAUGAUUACUUAAACCCUUAUUAUUUAAAUCUUUUCUAUUAAAAGAGAAGUAUCAUUUUUAUCUACUAUUUAGAAGUCUACUAGGACCAUUUCAUUAAUCACAUAAUAUAACAUAAUAAUUAAUAGGAAUAUUAAUAAUAAAUUAAUUUUAACUAUAGAUUUGAAAUUUAUUUUCAGUUAUAACAAAAUCUGUUUAGAAAAAUCUAACAAAAUCCUACUAAAUUUUUAAAUAAUUUUUAUUAAAUAUUGUAUUAAUUAAUUUCGUAAUUAAGUAAUAUAAUACUUUCAUUUAAAUAAAUUAUCUUCUACCACUAAAACAGGUUCAAAUUUGUUAAUCAUGUCAUAUUUUUUUUAUACAAAUGAAGUUAUUAACAUAUGUUAAAAAUUUAUUUCUACAGCUAUAUAUUUUCAAAAAUCAUAUGUUGAAGAAUGUUUUUUAUUUGAUUAUUUCAAAUUAUGAAAACUCAAAAACGUUAAUAAAAAAGUUAAAAUAUAUAAAACAAACCCCUACAUUAAUAAAGUAAUAAAAAACCUAAACAAUAAAAUUAAAAAGUUAUAAAAUACAUAACACUAAGAUAUAAAUUGUAUAUUUAAAUUUAUAUAAUAAUAUCAAAAUUAAAUAUUAUAUAAAAUAAAAAUAUACCUGCACGAUGUGCGGGAUAAACUCUAGUAAUCAUUAAAUUAGAGAACUUCUUUCAGAAUAAUAUAGCCGCAGUAUAUAUAACUACGAAGAAUGUGACGCACCAAUCCAUAUCUCAUCUCUAAGCUCGUGAUCAUCUACUUGAUCUCAAGCUCAUUAUUAUGUUCAUUAUUCUCUUCAUGACCUAAAAGUCGCUUUUAAUCGUUUUCAUCAUAUUCUUCCAUCAUAAAACCAACUUCUAAACCUGAUUGCUUCAGGUUAGUUAUGGUAAUCCUACUAAUUAUUUUCUUACUUUGAUUUAUUUGUUUGUCAUGUCUUCAUCAGCUUGUAGUAUAUAGUUAAUGAAUUCGUUGAUUAUAUUUUUUUUCGUGUGUAUCCUCUAAUGAAAAUCCUUUUGCAAUGCAGCAAAAUAGAAAGAGUUGUAAACAUGUAUUUAGGAGCGUUGAAUGUGGCUUUCUGUUUUGAAUUAUUAGGUUUUUGGAUUUUAGAAUCAAAGUAAAUCGUCUAUAUAUUAUCACUGUAAAUGGUGUACUUUUUAGGUUCAAAUUUUACACUUGAAUAUAAACCAAAAUAUCAUUUGUUCGAACUCACUUCGAUUGAACAUCUUACAUCUCUAUUGUUACCCCCACCAAACUUAACGUCAGUUUCUUACUGAAAAACCAGAAAAGUCCACAAGAAUGUAAGCGAAUGUUAUUAAUGAAAAGACAAGACUGACAUACUUGUAACUUGUAAGGGAAAUAACAUGAAAACCCACCAAAUUGGUUUAGUAAGUACGAUAAAUAUGUAUGAGAUUUUGUAUGUAUAGAUAGAUGAGGAUAUUUUUUUGCGCAUGUGUGCUCAGAUUUAUAACAUUAGUGGCUAAAAAUUGCAGAAUCUAAAUCGAGUACUAGCAGACAAAAUAAAAUUUUCUUUUCUUUUCUUGUCACAGAUUAUUACAAACCAAAGUUUCAAGUUCUUCAGAUCAAAUCUCCUUGAGAUCUUGAUGAAAUAAAGUCUUAAUUCAUUGGAACAUGGAGAAGCUUCUCAAUCCGCACGAACAGCAGUACAUGAAAAUGGCUAUGCUUAAACAUGAAGAAACGUUCAAGCAACAGGUAUAUGAGCUUCAUAGGUUAUAUCAAGUCCAAAAGAUUUUGAUGAAGAACAUGCAAAUCAACGAGGGGAAUAAUAUAAGUUCAGAACUAGGGACGUUCAUCAGAAGAGUUGACCAUGAUAUUGACCAACCGGUGAAUUUUCCCGGCGGAGGAGAAUCCGGUGGUAAUAAUAUAGAGAUUAUGGACGAGAGUGAGAUAGAGCUAACGCUUGGACCGUCAUGUUACGGUGGCGAUUUGAUGAGACUGAACAAGAAGAAGAAAAAGAAUUCUUGGCCGGAGAUAAUGGACGAAAAUUUUAAUUCCGGCCACCGGAGCUUCUCGUCGUCUUCGACAGGGUCAAGCAAUAAUAACCUCAACAAUCUUGAAGAACAAGAGAGAUUAAUGAAACAUCAGAAGCAGAAGCAGCCAUGGCUUCAAGCAUUGACCUUGAAUGUUAUUUGAUAAUAAUAAAUAAUAUUCGUAGUAGCUAUAUUCUGAAAUAGAUUUAUCUUCCUCUCUUCGAUUUAGUAUAUUUUUACCAGGUGAUCUUUUUAAUGCUUAUCAGUAAUUUUCUUCUAUAGUUUCUUUCUAGGUUUCUUGUAAAUAAAAUCAAUAUAAAUACUACAAUGCUAAAAUUCGAGAAUACUGA